AUGUCUACCCAAGGUGCUCCCAGCGUUCGGUUCACGCACACCUCUCCACAGCAAGGCUUCAAGUUACUGGAGCUCCCACCGGAGCUACUGAAUCUUCUAACCUCAGAUGACGCGCCGAUAAUCGAGAUUAAGACGCCUUCGAAAAUCAUCCAAUCCACCGCGUCCUCCGAUGGUCGCGAAUUUAUCAACCUCUGCACCCCCUCCCAGACCUACCGGGUACGACAGGUUCAAUCGUCGAACUCGAUCCACGUCAUGAAGCCAAGCGAGGUCCCCCCUGACGCGACGAGUUUGAAUCCAGAAGACGCCUUUGUAUCCUCCAUGACGGCUAUUGCUAAAUGCGGCUCCACGCUGGAACUGCAUACCCCGCCUGAAGGCUUUGGAGUGUGCCUAAUGCUACAGAAUGGGCUGAGGGUGUACGACCGGUUGAGCAGCGAGGGCCCCAUGAUGGAUAUGGAUAUGGAUAUGGAUAUGGAAGAUACGUCGAUGGGGGGCGGAAAUGAUAUCAAUCAACGGGUCGCUAGGGAGAGGCUCUUCGCCGAUGUGCCUGUGUCGCGGGAACAGUGUGAGAAGGGUUGGGUGGAUCUGUGUGCGUUUGUGCAUGGUUCACCGGGGACAUGCUGGCGCCCUUCGGCGGUCGUGAGAUUGGAUGUUUGGAAGAGGGUCAUGGAGGGGUCGAUAUUACAGGGCAUUGAUUUGGAGAAGCAGUUUCUCAUCCUGGAUCUGUGGAAAGCCGUGAGGGAUGAUGAUGAUGAUGAUGACGAGGAGCCUUUCCCUAGGCCGCUCUUCGAUGCUGUCAUCCGACGGCUGUGUGAUUCGGAAACUAUACGGGAAGAAUUCAAAUGGGCAAGCAUUGACAGACUCCUCUGUAUUCAGUGGGUCGGCGAGACGUAUCUCGAGGCCAUGGCUCCUAUGGCCACAUCUGCAAUUACACGGAACGAGUUUCUGAAUGCGUGGAGAGACCAUCUUCCCGAAUCAUGGAGGGAGGAGGUAGCAUUAUCAAAGCUGACUGAGGGCUGUUAUGCUCUUCCGGAGCCCACAACCAUCUACCACACCAGCGAGACAGAGCGGGAGAGAAUUAAAAGGGGGAUCCAAAGGGGUGGCACAACAGCCGCAUCUGCAGCAGCAACGGCUAAGACAACGAGGAAUUGGCACGAGUUGUUCAAGAGCCAGAGACGGUAG